UGUCUGUUGUGUGGUGGCGGCGGAGGCACUGGAGGGCUGGUCUGGUAUCUGCUGUCCUCACAGCAAGGUAUGGACCAGAAAAAGAGUCCAAGCAGUUUCAGAGCAGGUGUGAAUGGGAUAGGGAACAAAAGAGAUAAACAAAGAAGCUGUGAAUAUAUUGGAGGAGAGAAGAUUUAAGAGAGGAUGUCAAGUAGAAGACAUGAGCAUUGGAACCCUUCAAAGAGGGUGAAGAGGGCUAACAAGGAGGAGAAUAUGUGGGAUUGCAGCGUGUGCACCUACAGAAACUCUCCGGAGGCCUUCAAAUGCCUCAUGUGCGAUGUCCGGAAGGGCACCUCCACAAGAAAGCCUCGGCUAAAUGCAGAACUGGUAGCAGCACAGGUGGCUCAGGUGGUUCCUCCGAAGGUCAAGAAGUCGGAGCGGAAGGACAGAGAACGGAAGGGUGAGGGGCGCAACUUACAAAAAGGCAGACCAAGAUUGAAGAAUGUCGACAGAAGUACAGCUCAACACAAUGCUGUCACUGUGAACAAUGUGACUGUUAUCAUCACAGAAUUCCAACCCAAGCAACGCAAAACUUCAUCUGGGAACAGCUCGGCCACGACCAAUGGAGACACGUCCCAAAUCAUGUCGUCGUCAGAGGCAGGAUCCAUCUCAGAUGCGUCCACAGACACACGCAACGGAGACAUCACCACCGAGUCCCGGAGUUCAUAGGCCAUUCACCAGAGUAAACCCAGCGGGGUGUGUGUUUUCUCUGCAACAGGAAAAACAAACAGGAUCUUUUUUGGGUCUUAAUGAAUGUCAUCAGCCAUGCAAUUGAUUCUAAUCAGGGCAGCCAUGAUUUGAUAGCAAUUUGCAGAGUCCCAGACCUGCAUAGCAUUGGGCUGUGAUUUAAAAGAUUUUUUGGCUCCAGCAAUGUGAUGCUAAAAGAAACGUGAUAUUGCUCAGUGGCAAGAGCUGGAACAUGAUAUUUUUGCUUUUAUCAUUUUCAUUUUAAUAUAAUAAUCAUAUUACUAGUGUUAUUAUUAUUAUUAUUAUUAUUAUUAUUAUUAUUAUUAUUACUACUACUAUUAUAAUUAUUACUAUUAUUAUUAUUAUUAUUGUCAUCAUCAUCAUGAUUAUCAUUUUAUCAUUCAUUGUUGUUCCCCAUUUCUCUUUUUAUUUAUCUUUUUAUGGUAAGAAGAGAUUGAGCAAGCGAUGCAAGUGAUGGAAACGUCAGGACAGGACACCUUUGAGAGAAAGUGGACUCUCGAUUCAGGUGGUAAAAGGGCCGCGAGGGACACUCCUUUGUAUGUACAGUUUGGUUAACCUCAAAGGUACUAUUUAAACUAAUGGCAUGAUGACCUUUGUGAAGGUAAAUAAACGAAGCAAAAAAAAAAACAAUAAAACUUAAAAGGGAAAAAUGUCCAGUUGAACAGUGUUAAAAAUAAAAACAAAGUUAAUGAUUUUUACCUCCCAAAAAUUGAAAGCAAAAUUUAAGAGGACCUCUUCAAAGGAUCUGGCUGAAGCGUUACCAGUCUAGUUAUUAGGCUACUAUUUGCGUAUGAUUUCAGAUCUUUGAUAAACCCCUAUUAAUUCCCCAAAAGAACACCCAGGAGCUCUAGACGUGUGGGUUCACCAUAUUACGCGAGCGCUACAAUGGAGGAAAAGCACAAGAAGGAAAUUACACCCAUACAUUUAAAAGUAAAAGAGAAGUUGUCAUUAUUGUAAUUAUUGUUAUUAUCAUUAUUAUCAUUAUUAUUAUUAUUAUUAUUAUUAUUAUUAUUAUUAUUAUUAUUAUUAUUAUAAUCAUCAUUAUCAUUAUCAUUGUUUUGGUUAGCCUUUUUUUUGUGUGUGUGUGUCUUUCCGGCUUUGUUUGAAGAGGGUGUAAUUGCUAGGGGGAGGGUCUCGUUAUGAUAAUGUACAAAUGCAUCACGUUGCCUUGUUAACAUUGACUUGUAAAAAAAAAAAAGGAAAAAAAAAAGUAUCACCAUUUCCAGAGGUGCCACUUGUGUGUUUUACUCAGUCAGUUGUUUGGACUAUCUAGCCUCCUCUGUAUUUUUUGAUGCUUGGUAACAAAUCUAACACCCAUAUAUCAGAUUAUAGGAGUCAUGUUAAUGCCAAGAAACAUUUCUUUUUUUCUUUUUUUUUUUUUUUAGAGUUAGGAUUUGGGCUGUAAGUCCUAGAUGUAAAUUUGUAAUGAAAAGAAAAAAAAUGUUUUAGGUAGUGUAAUAUUUUGUGUGCAUUUUGUGCUUGAGUGCCUGGGUGUGCACGUGUGUGUAUGUGCAUGUGUGCUGAACGUAUGCAUGUGUAUGUAGGAAUGAAAAAAAAAGAGGUGAAAGGUUUGAUACAUUUUUGCUAAUGAUGAAUGCAACUGAUGGAGAAAUGCCCACUGGCUCUUCAAUUUAUAACAUGCUGUUCCAUACUUGUUUAGGCAUUUUCUAAGAUGUACUACAGAUAGACAGAUCUUUUCUCACUCUUUCUUCCUUUCAUCUGUAGUAAUUGUAUGUAGGAUUCAUAUUUUAAUAUCUUAUUUGACUUCAUCAUAAAAAGUAUUCAUCAAAGCAAUGAUGAGGAUUAUUCACAUGAUGGUUGUAUUAUAGUUUCUCCCAUUCAUCCAAUUUGAUUGUAUUUAGCAACCAUUUUUAGAACAUCUUAUCACAACAAUGAAGAUGCUUUUACACUGAAAGCAUUAGUGUUGAUUUUAAUGAAAGAGGAGUCACCUUCACUAGUAUUAUUAAUGAAGAUUGAUUUGCAUGGAAUUUGAUUGGUGUCAUUAUUUUCUGUAACUAGUAGGAAGUGGUAACAUAUGUCAGUUAAAUGCAGUGACAGAUGUUUGUGAUCUAAACUGCCAGACAAAUUUAGCCUUGAGUUUGUACUCGAAUUCUUGACCGCCAAAAGCAGUUGAUACUGUUUGCCCCAAUUUCUUAUUUCUUAGUACAUGUUUUAUAAACUUUAUAUAUAUAUUUUUUGAUGUUUUGAUUAUUUGUUUUUCUCUUUUUUGUUAUUAUUAUUAUUAUUCAUUAUUGUUCAAAAUAAUGUCUACUCUUAAAUCCAGUUCCACAAGUCCAUUUACUUUUAUUUUAUUUUUUUUGUAUAUAUCAAAACCCCCAGUGACUUGCUAAUCAUCCUUUAACGAUAGAAAUGACUAGCUAGAUGUGAUCAUUCCACGAACCAACUUGCAAAUUUGUCAGGUGAGCUCUUGCUUUGUAGGCUGUGUCUUGUAUCGAGGAAUGUGAAAGGUGACCAAGGAGGCAUUGUUUUCUUACAUUUAAGUCCACCUUUAGGGAAAAAAAGAAUUAAUUUCUCUAUAAGAAUGUUGAAGUACGUAAAAGGAGCCUGAGGGAAGAUAACUAGAAACUUGUAUAUAGUGUAAUAUGUUGGUUAGAAGGAAAUGGUAGGAGACUGUGUCACACGACACAGGUGUAACUGCUUUUGAAGAGACAAAUUUUUUUGUUUUGUUUUGUUUCUUUUUUUUUCAUUAGAUGAUUCAAAUCAAUAGCGAGUUGGAAAAAAAUGCAUCUUCAAUGAACUUUCAUGAAACUUUCAGGAAAUUGUCUUUUAAUAUUUUUCUUAAAUAGGAACUUCUUCAAGUUCUUUCAAGUGUGGAAUCUGAUUUGUAAAAUAGCUGAAUAUAAAGUGGCUGUGAUAUGAGGAUGAAUUGUGUGAUUUACACCAUUCAAAAACAAAAAAAAGAAAACAAAAAUGCAAAAGCUAAAAAAAAUGUAUAUGAGGUGUUCUCACAUUGUCACUAAUUUGUAUUUGUAAGGACUGAGAAUGUAGAUAUAAUGAUUAAGUUUGAUAUUGAUGAAAUAAUCCCAAUGACCCUAGGACAGUGUUUGUAAAAUUGCCCAUGUGCUCUGAUUUGGCAGAUGAAACUGUGCCCAAAAUGUUGCAGCUUCCAUUUUAGGCAUCUUUAACAUUGGGUUUGUUUGAAGUGAUUUUUCUGUUAGUCCACAUACAUCAGCUGACGAUCGGGGGUGACUAGAUUGCACAAAAAAAAAGAAAGAAAGAAAAAAAAAAGCUGCAAAAGUGCACCCUUUCAUGUCAGUUUACUCAUGAGACUGGAAUUCACCGUCCGGUUCUCCUUUUCAUUCUUACGUAUAAAUUGUAUCUAGUUUUUCUGAUUCUUAACCUGUUGGCUUUACAUGCCCUGUUCACUGUGAUUUUGGCUUAUUAAUUUUGUUGAAAUGCAUAUGACUCCACAAGUGCUUAGUCACCAAAGAGUUUAUUAUGACGCCUUCCAGAUCUUGCAUAUUUACCCUGUUCCUGUACAUUUUUUAAAUAAAAGUUAUUUUACUAUUAUUAUUGUUAAUAACAUUAUAAUAAUAAUGUUAAUAAUGAUAAUGUUAGAAAUAAAAACUUUAUCUGAAAAUUUAAGGAAAGGGGUAAACAGGUGAAGUUUAGUAGGUUUAAUAAAUAAAUGCUUAUGUAGCCAUCUGUGUUUAAACAAAGUUAACAAAACAAGAGUGAACAGUAAAUGUUCAUGGGGCUAAUGGGUUAAUACAUCUUGAUCCUGCAUUUUUAAAUUUGAUUCACUUCUUACUUGCCCAUUUCUGUAAUUACCAUGUAUGUUUCAUUAUCAUCAUUUUGUCAUCUGUAUCUGAUAAGUCAGAUUGUCCAAGAUUUCUCAACUUUCUCCAUCAUACUUCAAUUCACAACAAACAGUAGUUAUUCUCUCAUGUAGUCAGGUCUCUUGUUCUUUUCAGUACAGUAAUGUAAAAAAACAGUAUAGAGUAAUACUAAUAUAUAGAUUUGAUUUUAAUCUGUAAACAGUAUUUUUUUUAUGAAGUUUCAUCUUUAUAGACAUUUUUUUCACUUUCUUCUGAAUUUUAUGAUCAGUAGCUAAUUUUGGCAAUCAUAUGAUUUUAAGGACAGUACUGAAGAUGGCUGACUGUGUCUACAUAGCUCUCUAUGUAUUUUUUUUAUGUCUCAUUGCCAAUGUAUGCCAUGUAUGGAACAUUGAUUUUGCUAAUCCAAUCCAGAAUCUUAGCCAAGUUUGUUGUCGAAGUGUGAGAGGUUUAGAGUGCGAGUGAGAGAGGAGUUUGUAAAUGAAUGAUUUCCUAUGAAGGUGGUAGAUGUUGAUUUAAUCCACUGCCUAAGAGUUUACACUUGUAGUGUCACUUAGUAUGUAUAGAUGUUAAAAUGCAUCAUAUUGAAAAGUGAAGUUGGGUGCUUUGACACCAUGUUACUGCCAGGUAAAUUUAGAUGUAUUGAAAUUGUUAAUUUAAGAUUAAAAAGGUCUAGAAGAUACAAGCACCUUUGUACCCAAGACUCUUUUCUUUUGUUUCUCCUCCAUGUGGAAGGACUGUAUGCUGUAAGGGUGUAUCAGCCCUAGUUAAUUUGUGUAUCUCCAGUUAUAUAAGUUAUUAACAUAAAUUCCAGUAAACCUGCUUCAUCAUUUUACUAUAGAGAAAUAAGUCUUAAAAACUAUGGAACAAGGUCUGGUUACCCAAUAUAAUUAAGAUGCCACUACAUUGUAUGUCUACAGGUUUAUGUUAGUACAUAUCCAGUUGCUGUAGGUAAACAAGAGCGGUAUCAGUUUUGUAGGUGGAGCAGGCUUCACAGCAUGUUUGCCAUAUAGGAGAGAUGUCUGCUUAACUGCUAUCAAAGUCUCUGAUUAACUAAAUAUUUAUUUGUACUCAUGGAAUAUGUAUAUUUUUUAGUUUUUUUCUUGGUUGAUCCAAGUGAUUUUAGUGCCUAGAAUAUACAGAAAAGGUAUUUUGAUUUUUCUUAAAAAAUUUAGUAUUAUUUUUUUUAAUACAUGGGGAAUCCUGAAAAGUACCAGAUGUUCUUAUCUGCAUUUCCUGUGUACAAUUACAUAAUUACAUGUACAUUUUCAUUCCACGCCUUUUAUACAAGGUCAGGUGAAAAUUGAAGAUGUAAUGGGUCUUGAAGUAUAAAUAUAGUACUUCAGUAAAUUUUAUGAAUAGAUUUUUAAACUGAAAUAAAACUACACUUUCUUUGAUGUGAUUAUACUUUAUCAUGACUGUAGAUUUUGUGUUUUUUUUUCUGUUAAAUAGGUAAAUGAUUAAUGAAGUCAGUUCUAUGCAGGUACUUCAAGAAAAUGAAUGAGGUUUGGGAACUUUCGUUGACUGAGAAAGAGAGAUGAAAUCAAUGAAGUUGGAAGUACUAUUGAAAUAUGUAGGAAUAGCAUUAGUUAGCAUUCCAGAUUUUUUCUUUUUCUUUUUAUAUCUUAUCUUCCCGAGAAAGUAUUUUAAUUCGUAUGGCAACUUAUCAAGCAGUUUUAUCACUAAUUGGGUAUUAUGUACUUCUCUAUAUAUUUCUGUCACUCAUGUAUGAACUUAAUUGGAGAGAAUUUAUGAUAGCAGAUGUGAAGUCUGUUUAUAUAUAUGGGAUUACCAAACCUAUGUUACUUAGUCAUGGUCCAAACACAGUAACAUUCAUUUAGUUAAAAGAAAAAAACAGUUUGAAAUGAAAUGCUUCAAAUCAGGAAAGGUAGUUUUAUCUACUUUGUAUCUAUCUAUAUAUAUAUAUAUAUAUAUUUUAGCCAACAGCUUAUACUUAACAGUGGAUUAGUGUAUGGAUUUUUUUUAUUUUUUAUUUAUUUAUUUAUUUUUUCAAACAGACUUUGAGUGAUGUGACUUUCAUUAAGCACAGAUUUAAAUUUUCUGGUGAGUAUAUUGUGUUCACCUGGUGUAAACAGUAACCAGGACUAAUGAAAUAAAUAAAUUUAUAAUAAUAUA